AUGUCUUGUCCGUCGAGCCCUGGAAGCAAAGCCACUCAUUUUACUUCCUCCUCGGCGGUCCUGCCACCUACGGGAAGCAAAGACCAUGUCAGUUCUCCUUGCCCUAGCAAAACGGGUAGCUCCGGGUUUAAGGGAGCUGGUUGUUUUAGCAGCCGCAGCCUCGCCUGCUACGACUCCAAAGGGCCUCGGGCCGCUCUUGGUAGCUGCCGUGCUGCUAGAUACAGAUAUGGCUCUCGGGGGGCCAGUUCUGGAUAUGGCUACUCGGGCACUGGAUUUGGUUUGCAUGGUUUAUAUGGGUUUCGACAUAGUGGGGCCAGUGUUGCAGGCACCCCUUUCAUCACUCCUGUCACUUGCAACGAGAAUCUACUACAACCUCUCAACCUGGAACUCAACUCUUCGGCCCAGGCAAUGAAAUGCCAGGAGAAGAACGAACUCCAGUGCCUGAACAGCAAGUUUGCUUGCUUCAUCGAUAAGGUCCAAUGCCUUGAGCAGCACAACCUGAUGCUGAAAACCAAGUGGGACUUCUUGAAAGAAAAGAAACGGCAAAAAAGUAACAUGGAACCCCUCUUCAGUGAGCACAGCAGUAGGCUGAAGAAGGAACUGGAAUGCCUGGAGUGGGAAAAGUCCCAGCUGCAAGUGGAGAUGAACAAUUGGCGAGAUGCGAUGGAAGGGAACAAAAAACGGUUUGAAGAGGAAUGCAACAGAAGAACCUGUGCAGAAAAUGAAUAUGUGGCACUUAAGAAGAAAGUGGAUUGUGUUUUUAUAGACAAGUCAGAGAAAGAAGCCAAGGUGGAGGCCCUGAUGCGAAACGUCUGCUUCUACAGAGAUACUUUUGAGGAGGAAAUUAGUGAGCUACAAUCACGCAUCUCAGAUACGUGUGUCACAGUGAAAAUGGAUAACAGCCGAGGCCUGGAUGUGGCAUGCAUCGUUGAAGAAUUCCGGUCUCGGUAUGAGGAGAUUGCCUCCCGGAGCCGAGCUGAAGCGGAGGCUUGGUGCCAGUGCCAGUAUCAGGAGUUGAGGACAACUGCUGCCAAACACUGUGACAACCUACGCGAUGUCAAGGAUGAACUUAGUGAACUGACACGAGUUGUUCACAGAAUGGAAGCAGAGAUUGCUAAUGUCAAAGCCCAGCGCUGCAAACUGGAGGAGGAGGUGGCUGCUGCUGAGGAAUGGGGAGAGAUGGCCAUGAAAGAUGCCAAACGCAAGCUGGCUGAGCUGGAGGACGCCCUGCACAAGGCCAAGCAGGACAUGGCCUGCCAACUGCGGGAGUACCAGGACCUGAUGAGCCUCAAGCUAGCCCUGGAUAUUGAGAUCGCCACCUACAGGAAGUUGCUGGAAGGAGAGGAAUGCAGGAUGGGCGAAGGAGAAUGUGCUGUGAAUAUCUUUGUGCAAAAGAGUCAGGGUGCCGUUGUGUGCAACCCCGACUCUGUUUGCAGGCCAGGAAGAGGAGGAGGCAUUCUGACCAAUGGAAAUGACGUCGGCCAGUCUGGGAGUUUCAAAAGAGGCAUCCCUGCAGGCUGCGUUCCUUGUGUACAGCCAGGUCACCCUUGUGGAGACAUGCGUCCCCUUCAUGGAUUCAGCAUCAGAAAUGCGACGGCUGGCAAUGUUAGGAGGCUGGUAACCAAAAGCCCGUUCACAUCAGAGCUGACAUCGUCUAGCUUGCAGCCAUUUGACCUGAAUCGCUAA